AUGUUGAAACAAUCAGAAUUGCUGAAUGCGGAAUACGAGAUCUAUCGAAUGGCGCAACGAGAAGAAUUUCGCGAAGAAAUUAGCUUAUUAUCAAACACAAAAAACGUUAACCCUCGGAUUCCCAAGACCAGUGUGCUCUACGGACUUUCACCCUUUCUCGACGAAUACGGAGUAUUACGGAUGAAAAGUCGAAUUUCCAAUUGUCGGUUUAUAGAUCAGAAUACUGCCCACCCAAUCCUGCUCUCGAAAAAUCAUCAAGUUACUAAUCUAGUUGUUGAAUUUACUCAUGAGCACUACCAUCAUCUAAACCAUGAAACUGUGGUGAAUGAGCUACGACAGAAAUACCAUAUCCCUAAGCUUCGCAGAGUAUGUAAUAAAAUUUAUCGCGACUGCCAAGCAUGCAAGAACGCUAAAGCUCGCCCACAAUCUCCGAUGAUGGCUGACCUACCCCCAGCAAGGCUUGCAUCAUGUUCAAGACCAUUUUCAUAUAUCGGGAUCGAUUAUUUCGGUCCAAUGCACGUAGCAGUAGGGAGACGUGUCGAGAAGAGAUGGGGAGUGUUGAUAACCUGUUUGGUAGUUCGAGCGGUACACUUAGAAAUAGCCCAUUCCUUAACUGCCAGUUCCUGUAUCAUGGCCAUUCGAAACUUCAUUGCUAGACGUGGCACCCCUAUCGAGAUCUUCAGUGAUCGUGGAACCAAUUUCGUUGGAUCAAGUCGAGAGUUGUCGGCAGCUGUUCAAGAGUUAGAUCAAGACAAGGUUAUGAAGGACCUCGUAUCGGCCGAUACAAAAUGGACUUUUCUACCACCCAGCAGUCCGCAUAUGGGCGGAAGUUGGGAAAGGCUUGUGCAAUCGGUUAAAAAAAUCUUGAAUAACAUGAACCUUCCAAGGACUCCCACCAAUGAAGUUCUUCGUAACAGCCUACUUGAGAUCGAAUUUAUCAUAAACUCGCGUCCCCUCACCUACAUCCCUAUUGAGAACGCUUCAAGUGAAGCUUUGACGCCCAACCAUUUCCUGCUUGGAUCCUCACACGGUUUGAAACCAUUGGUGUCGUACCAUGACAGCCUCGCUACACUUAGAAACACAUGGAAAACAUCACAAGUUUACGCCAAUCUUUUCUGGAAAAGGUGGUUAAAAGAGUACCUGCCAACAAUUCGUCGUCGUCCUAAAUGGCAUCAUCCGGUGAAACCUAUUGCAGUCGGUGAUGUCGUGGUCAUCGUUGAUUCCGAUUUGCCCCGUAACUUAUGGCCGAAGGGGCGAGUGGUUAAGGUCAACGAGCAUGCCGGCCAAGUUCGUAGUGCAACUGUGCGGACUUUGUCAAACGUGUACGAACGACCUGCUGUGAAAUUGGCGGUUCUUGACAUCGGUGCAACAGAGUGUAAGCCAGGAACGGGAUCAGGCUUACCGGGGGGAGUAUCACGUCACCUACGGACGCACCGCAGUCACGCAUCGAACCCCCACAUCAUUCGCCGUCACUGA